AUGGCCGACUUACUUCAGAAAGUGCCCAUGCCAACCUUGGACCGGCCUUUUGGCGUCCAUCUUUGGCCCAUCUUCGACAAGGCUUACGAGCAGGUCAUGGGGUAUCCUGCCAGCCACUUCCAAUUCAUUGAGGGUGUGACCCCCAUGUCCACUUUUAAGGAGACUGCGACUAUGCUAGUUGUGUACUACGUCGUGAUCUUCGGCGGCCGCGAGGUCAUGAAGAAUUUCUCGGCCCUCAAGCUCAACACUUUGUUUAUGAUCCACAACUUCCUCCUCACGGCCAUCAGUGCAAUUCUCCUUGCGCUUUUCGUGGAGCAGCUUCUGCCCACUCUGGUCCGCCACGGUGUCUUCUACUCCAUUUGCGAUCACCGCGGUGGAUGGACUCAACCUUUGAUCAUCCUUUACUACCUGAACUAUAUCAACAAAUACGUUGAGCUCCUGGACACUGUCUUCCUUGUCCUCAAGAAGAAGCCUCUGACUUUCCUUCACACCUACCAUCACGGUGCCACUGCCCUGCUCUGCUACACCCAGUUGAUCGGUCUGACCGCCGUGCAAUGGGUCCCGAUCACCAUCAACCUGCUGGUCCACGUGGUCAUGUACUGGUACUACUUCCAGAGCGCCCGUGGUAUCCGCAUCUGGUGGAAGAAGUACAUCACCAUGCUGCAGAUUGUGCAGUUCGUCAUUGAUCUCGGCUUCAUCUACUUCGCCUCGUACACCUACUUCGCGUCGACUUACUUCCCCUGGGCUCCCAACAUGGGCCAGUGUGCCGGUGAGGAGUUUGCUGCGUUCGCUGGUAUCGGCAUUAUUACCUCUUACCUGCUUCUCUUCAUCUCCUUCUACAUCGCUACCUACAACAAGGCUGCCAAGGUCGGUCGUCCUCGCAGCAACACUGGCAAAAAGUCACUGAUCGACAUGAGGAACUUUGAGAUUCCUUCUCCUGCCGGUGCCACUUCUACCAGUGCCAAGGACUCUAAUGGCGCUGCCACCUCGACUGGCCGCUCCAACGGCCCCGUCACUCGUUCUCGCAAGGCUUAG